CCCUAGCAUUAUCGCACGUGUCUUUCCAACUUGGACAGUACCGGUCCGGGCCUAUCUUCCUAUCUUCCUUCUUGAAUAUCAUAUUUAGACAUUGUCAAGACUUACACAAUCACAAGCUACCAAAUAUGGAGGCUAUCAAUGCCGUAUUCGCAACGUGCAAAAAUGAGUCCCGCGCUGCCCUAGUCACCUACGUGACAGCCGGGUAUCCAACCGCGUCCUCAACACCAAAGAUAAUGCUGUCCAUGCAAGCCGGCGGCGCAGAUAUAAUCGAACUCGGCAUCCCGUUCACAGAUCCCCUAACCGACGGGCCCACGAUCCAAAAGUCCAACGCCCAAGCCCUCCAAAACGGCGUCCGCAUACCGGAGAUGCUGCAGAUGGUCCGUGAAGCGCGGAAGAGUGGCCUUACAGCACCGGUCAUAUUUAUGGGGUAUUAUAAUCCUGUACGGGCCUAUGGGGAGGAGAGGAUGUUGAGGGAUUGCAAGGAGGCGGGUGUCAAUGGGUUUAUCAUGGUUGAUUUGCCGCCUGAGGAGGCGGUGCGGUUUCGGGGGGUUUGUAAGGGAUUUGGAUUGUCAUACAUCCCGCUUGUGGCACCCUCAACCCCAGACUCCCGAAUCAAAAUGCUCUGCAGUAUUGCAGACUCGUUCGUGUAUGUAGUUUCCAGAAUGGGAGUGACGGGCUCCUUGAAGGUGCUUGACGAGGGCUUGAACAAGCUUCUGGAGCGUGUGCAUGUCUACACUGGGGACCGAGUCCCGACGGCUGUGGGCUUUGGGAUCAAUACCCGCGAGCACUUUGUGGAUGUCUCCCGUAUUGCAGACGGAGUCGUUAUUGGGAGUAAGAUUAUCAGUAUACUCCGUGAUGCACCGGAGGGUACUGGGGCUCAGCAGGUGCAGGAGUAUUGUUUGCAUGUUACUGGCAGGACCGAGGCUCGAGUCAUCACUCCUCCUGCUGAGGAAGACAACCAGGAAGGAACUGCAAAUAUCAUUCCUGCUCACACCUCGGCGAAUGGGGGAGAUGCUACACCCGCCGAUCUGAACACCCGCUUUGGUCAAUUCGGUGGCCAAUACGUCCCCGAAGCACUCAUGGAAUGCCUCACGGAGCUGGAAGCAGGCUUCAACACCGCCAUCGCCGACCCAACCUUCUGGGCCGAAAUAGCAUCCUACGCCUCCUAUGCCAAUCGCCCGUCAAGUUUGCAUCUAGCACCCCGGCUCACAGCACACGCAGGUGGAGCCCGCAUCUGGCUCAAGCGCGAAGACCUCAACCACACGGGCAGCCACAAGAUCAACAACGCAUUGGGCCAAAUCAUUCUCGCAAAACGUCUCGGCAAGACAGCCAUCAUCGCAGAGACGGGAGCCGGCCAGCACGGCGUGGCAACGGCCACACUAGCCGCGCGCUUCGGCAUGAAAUGCACUAAUAUCAUGGGCGCGGAAGAUGUACAGCGACAAGCGCUGAACGUGUUCCGAAUCAGACUACUCGGUGCACGAGUCAUCGCCGUGCCCGGCGCGCAUCCAGGCGAUGAGGGUACACUGCGAGAUGCGGUGAACCAGGCGUUUCGCACAUGGGUCACAAAUCUUGACAGUACACAUUUCGUGAUUGGAUCUGCGUUUGGUCCACACCCGUAUCCGACUAUUGUGCGGACGUUCCAGGCUGUUAUCGGCAAUGAGGCGCGGGCGCAGUUCCAAGAGCUUAAUGGUGGGAGGUUGCCCGAUGCUGCCGUUGCGUGUAGAGGUGGUGGGUCGAAUGCAGCUGGCAUGUUCUAUCCGUUUGUGCAGGACCCGGGCGUGCAACUCGUUGGUGUCGAGGCUGGGGGUGAUGGCUCCGCUAUUGGCCGGCACUCUGCUACGCUGGGGCGCGGUUCGGUUGGUGUUUUACAUGGCGUUCGCACGUACGUGCUACAAGAUGAGGAUGGUCAGAUCACCUCCACGCAUUCUAUAUCUGCGGGAUUGGAUUAUCCGGGUGUUGGACCCGAGUUGGCAAGUUGGAAAGAGUCGGGUCGGGCGAGGUUUGUUGCUGCAAGCGACCAGGAUGCGUUGGAUGCAUUUAGGUUGUUGAGUGAGACGGAGGGAAUCAUUCCUGCUUUGGAGAGUGCGCAUGCUAUCUCUGGUGCCGUUCAGUUGGCGAAAGAGUUGGGAGAGGGUAAGGAUAUUGUAGUUUGCUUGAGUGGUCGUGGUGACAAAGAUGUGCAGACUGUGGCAGGGUUAUUGCCCGAGUUGAUGCCGGAGGCUGAAGAGAACUGAGUUUUGUGGUUCGGUCGAGUGUUAAAAAGGCGUUCUAUUGAAAGAUGGUCUGGUAUUAUGGUUUUCUCUCGAACUUUUUGCAGUUCAAUUUAAUGUCAUAUCCGUGUUCUGGCUCGA